CUCUCUCCAGAUAUCAUAGAUUGAUAAAUAUAUCGAAUACACUUGGCUGGAAAGACAAUGUGGAGUGAUGCUGGGAUCGUUCCGUGUCGAAAGAUCCCCCCAGAACAUAGAAAAAACGCGCCCAUUAUAAAGAAGGGAAUUCGGGAAUGAGAUUGUUUUGACCUGGGCUUGAACAUUGGGGUUUGAAGAGGGUCGUGAGUGUGAGCAGGUGUUAAAGACGGGCUUGGAGCCAAACGCGCAGUAAUUUAUCCACAGAAGCUUGAAUUCCCCAGCAGCCAAGGCUCAGGUGAAAUUUCCAACUCUGGCACUGAAGCAGACCUCCAGCCCUAAGCCAGUGAAAAAGGGGCAGGCCUCUGUGGAGGAACCAUCUAGCAGGGAUUUCUAACAUUAAGUGAUUAAUUUUAUUGGUCUUUGGCAGUUGGUCAUCAGUACUCCAUAUUGGCGACUCAGCCCAUACUGUGUGGGAGUAUCCCUGGCCUUGUACCAAAGCAGCUUCGGUUUUGCCGGAAUUACAUGGAGAUUAUGCCAAGUGUGGCAGAGGGAGUGAAAAUUGGGAUUCAGGAAUGCCAGCAUCAGUUUCGAGGAAGGAGAUGGAACUGCACGACGGUUGAGGAUAACUUGGCAAUCUUUGGACCUGUGUUGGAUAAAGCCACAAGGGAAUCGGCUUUUGUUCAUGCCAUCGCUUCGGCAGGUGUCGCCUUUGCCAUUACCCGGUCAUGUGCUGAGGGUACAGCAAACAUCUGCGGCUGUGACACCCGACACAAGGGCAAGCCGGGGGAAGGUUGGAAGUGGGGAGGCUGCAGUGAAGAUGUCGAGUUUGGGAGCAUGGUGUCCCGAGAGUUUGCAGAUGCCCGAGAGAACAGACCAGAUGCACGCUCCGCCAUGAAUCGACAUAACAAUGAGGCCGGCCGCAUGGCCAUUUUGGACCACAUGCACCUGAAGUGCAAGUGCCAUGGACUAUCAGGGAGCUGUGAGGUGAAGACGUGCUGGUGGUCACAGCCUGAUUUCCGUGUGAUCGGAGAUUACUUAAAAGAUAAGUACGACAGUGCCUCUGAGAUGAUUGUGGAGAAACAUCGAGAGUCUAGGGGUUGGGUGGAGACCCUUACUCCCAAGUACACCUUAUUCAAAGCUCCAACAGAGAGAGAUUUGGUCUACUAUGAUUCUUCGCCGAAUUUCUGCAACCCUAACCCUGUAACUGGCUCAUUUGGCACACGACACCGAACGUGCAACAUCACAUCGCAUGGAAUUGAUGGAUGUGAGUUACUAUGCUGUGGCCGUGGACAUGAUACAAGGACUGAAAAACGUAGGGAGAAGUGUCACUGUAUCUUCCAUUGGUGUUGUCAUGUGAGCUGCCAAGAGUGCACACGCAUCUACAGUGUUCAUACUUGUAAAUAGAGGGAGAUAGAGUAUUUCUGGGAAAUUGGUGAUGGUCCUGAACUGAAAUAUCUUGCUACAUGUAGAAGAUCAAGAUCUUAAGUCAAGGCUCAUCUUUGUGCCCAUGGAUUAAUCUUACCUGGAGAGAGUGCCUUUUAAAUACUCAUAUAGAAAAGAACCAGUGUUGACCAAACCUUCACACAGUUUAACCUUCAGACCGAUUGCCAAGAAGCACAGAAACAGGAUUGUAAUCCAUAUAACAUUGGAAAACCUUCAAGAGAUGGGCAUCUAAAACAAAUAAGCUGUGUCUGAAAGAACGAGGUGGAUAUUAAGUUCUGCUAUUUAACAUUUAAAUCAAUGCAAUACAGCAAACCUUUGCUUGAAAUCUGAAAGGGAAUUCUAGAAAAGGGAGACAGGCUUUCCAAUGCACAUUCUAUAAAAUGAUAAGGUAGAUCAGAAUGACAAGACCCAAUGGGCAGAUGUGGUAGUGUAACUAUUGUGGAACUAUUAAAGUCUUUUGAAUAAAUUCUAACAUAAUAGGUUAUCUAGGAAUUUCUGUUGCUACCAGUAUCUAUUUACUCUUGUUUCCUGAUGUGAUUGUUCACUUUGUUCUUUUUCAAGAGCAUCAUCAAACCAAAUGAAAAUAUUUACUUAUGUUGCCCAUUACCUAAAAUAUUUAUUCAGUCAAGUAAGUUGCUUGGCUAUAGGUGGUCCUCAUUUAUUAAGUCUGACGAUUUAUGGUGAGAACAUCCAUGAAGAUUUUGUACAGUUGGUGUGAUGUCCAACUACCUGGUAAUACAAGGGCAUUUAUUUUAAAUUUGCGAAUAAAAGUCUCCCAUUUUUAUGACAUUCUAACCAUCCAUUGUCCAUAGCAGCAAGUUUUUCAGCUCUUGGAAAAUGGUGAAAAUUUACCAUAAUAAAACAA